AUGACUUCCGCUUUCCUCGUAGUUGGUGCCACGGGCAACACAGGUAAAGCCGUUGUUGCUACCCUGUCGGAACUCGUCAAGGCCAGUCCCACCUUCUCGAACCACAAGAUUCUGGCCAUUACAAGAUCCGCAAGCGGCGCCGCAGCACAGAAACUCGCUGGUCUGCCUGGCGUCCAAGUUAUCGAGUACAGCUGGGUGGACAUCACGGCGGACUGGCUUCGACAGCACAAUGUCGUGAGGGCCUUCAUCGCAGCCCACAAUGAGCCGACUCAGUUCGCCGAGGAGUCUACCUUCCACCUAGCCGCACUGAAAGGAGGCGUCGAGUACGUCGUGCGCAUCUCGACGACGGCGGCGAACGUGCGUCCUGAUUCCGAGGCCUACUACCCGAGGGCCCACUGGGCCAUCGAGGCGAUGCUCAGCUCGCCCGAGUUCAAGCGCCUGCAAUGGACGUCACUUCAGCCAAACGUUUUCACGUCCUACUACCUGCAAACAGCGGCAACUCUCGUCAACGAGUUCCGCAAGACCGGAAAGCAAAGCCCUUUGAGGCUGAUCGCGGCGGAAGACGCACCCGUCGGCAUCGUUCAUGCGGACGACGUCGGAGAGUUCGCCGCGCGGCUGCUCGUCGAGGAAGAUGUGGCGCCGCACAACGGGGCCAAGUACGUCUUGAACGGUCCAGAGGACAUCACUGGGCGGCAAAUCGUGGCGCUCGUGGAGCAGGAGAUUGGUACCAAGGUCGAAGAAGUCCACUACAAGGACAUGUCGUUUAUCGACUACCUCGUGGAACAUAGCCCUGGGCCCAAAGCUCUUACUGAGUCGAUAAAGCAUGCUGGCGUCAAAGCUUGGGAAGGUGAAUGUACGGCAUCGACAACCAGUGAGGAGGUCCUCCGUCUGGCAGCACCGAAGACGGCGCCUGCGGCCUUUUUCAAGACCUUGUUGCAGUACUAG